AUGACAGACAUCUUGGAUGCUCAGGUCGAUGAACUGCUGCGCAAGGCUGAGCAGCGCCUGAGAGAUGGCCCUGCUGCGUCUGCCGACCUCGUCCCGGCUGCUGCUCGGGGGGUGAAGCCCGACACAGUCAAGGUCGUGCAGCAGCCUGCCAGCGAGAGCAGCAGCAGCAGCAGCAAGAAGAACGACCUGUCUGUUCGAGCACCCCCUCAGCCGCAAGCGGGACUGAUGUCAAAGGAAAAGACCACCGCCGGAGCCAACUGGUUCGACCUCCCAAAGACGGUCCUCACCCCCGAGUUCAAGCGGGACUGGCAGCUCCUCCGCAUGCGAGGCAUCCUGGACCCCAAGCACCAGAAGAAGGCCCUCCGCGCGAGCGCCCCCGAGUAUUCCCAGGUCGGCGAGAUCAUCGCCGGACCCACCGAGUUCUACAGCGCCAGGUUGACGCGCAAGGAGAGGAAGGCGACCAUGAUGGAGGAGGUUAUGAGCACCUAUGACAAGGACAAGUUCACCACAAAGUACGCUGGCAUUCAGAAGCAAAAGACCAGCGGAAAGAAGGCAUUUUACAAGAAGCUAGUGGCUCAGCGCCGUAAACGUAAUUAA